AUGGCAGUCAACCCAAAGAAAGGUCUCCUAAUGUGGCCGGAAUACAGCGACAAUGAUAUCGAUUUCUUCAUCGCCAACGCCGCCAGCACCAUCAGCGAGAACCGCACUCUGAUCUCGAGACUCCGAGGCACAAUCACCACCUACCACCGCCGAGCCGAGCAAGCUCGAAGUGAUGAGGAGCGGGACAGAUGGGAGGGUGCGGUGAGCGCGACGAGGACUGAGAUCGAGAAGUUGAGCGAUCAUGUGAAGCGACUGGAUGGGAAUAAGAGGGCUGCGGUAAGGGAGUUGGAGAGAAGGAGGAGUAAUAACAGAUGGUUGAGCGGUGGUAUUUGA